CUCCCCUUCACUGUUUUUAGGCAUGAACGCCGAGACCUGCGUUUCAUACAGCGAUAUGACAUCCAUGGAUUCAUAUUAUAGCCCCUCUGCAGUGCAAGGUAGGGAUCACCAGGCGGACCACUUUAGGACAUUUCCAGCCACUGACACCAAAUACAGCCCCACAGCCUUCCUGCCCAACAAAGGUCAGGCUUACGGAGAAAAGUCCCGGAGCCCCUUCCAGCAGGAGUGUCAGUCAUUGGAUGCCGCCACAGCUGGGCAAGGCACUUUCAGCAAAUGCCACCUCUUCAUGCAGAGGUCGUCUUGCAAAACAACCCCCGAGGAGGUCAAACUGCACCAAGACGGUGGGCACAACGGAGCUCUCAUCUCCUGCUAUGGUAAAGACAGUUCAGGUCUGCCCGACUCUGACUUGGCGCCGGACUCCGACCCAUCUGGAAUGGACACCAGUUACCUGGCUGUGAAGGAUCAGUGCGUGAAGAUGGCCUCUGAUAGGCCACCAGGCACAGACUUGUCAAGUCCUCUGGCCAAGGGCGAUGGCGGCGAAAGCAACAAGGGCAAAAAAAGGCGCAACCGCACAACCUUCACGAGCUACCAACUGGAAGAGCUGGAGAAGGUCUUCCAGAAGACGCACUAUCCGGACGUUUACGCCAGGGAGCAGCUGGCACUGAGGACGGACCUGACUGAAGCCCGCGUGCAGGUGUGGUUUCAAAACCGAAGAGCCAAAUGGAGGAAACGGGAGCGUUUUGGUCAGAUGCAGCAGGUCCGAACUCAUUUCUCAACAGCUUACGAGCUGCCUCUUCUGACGCGUCCUGAGAACUACGCACAGAUUCAGAACCCCUCUUGGAUCGGUGGCAGCAGCGCAGCAUCUCCUGUGCCGGGCUGCAUUGUGCCGUGCGACACCGGGACCCCCUGUAUGACACCUCACCCCCACUCCGCCAGCGGGAUGUCUGAUUUCCUGGGCAUGCCGAGCCCCGUGGGUCAUGUGGGACAGGCUCACAUGGGCAACCUGUUUGGAGGGCCUCCUGGCAUCUCUACGGGCAUCAACACGUACGAUCUGAACAUGGACCCUGACCGCAAGUCCUCCAGUAUUGCCGCUUUGCGCAUGAAGGCCAAAGAGCACAGUGCCGCCAUUUCUUGGGCCACAUGAUGUGUGGAUGUGGGCUGGAUUGGGGACCCUGUUGACCCCUGAAAUGUCUGCACAAACCCAGCAUGGUGAGAGGGGGCACUAUAAUCCAAAUCUAAAAGCAACAGUGACUACCUUCAUAAAUGUUGCAAUAAAAUAAUUAUCCAAAUACACGGACGGGUGAAGAUUACUCUUAGUAGAUUACUACUAAGUGGCGAGGCACUGCAAUGUUUCUCAACCCCUCUGGUGGGAGAAAGCAACCACAGUGUGUGAGUGAGCUUUGUGGAGAGCUCGGUGGGAGGUGAUGCUGUACUGUCUAACAGGAGUUGCAGUUUAGUUCAGAUGAUAGGCAAAGGAACAUGUAAGGAACAUUAUUUCAAACAAAUCCAUGCACUUAUUUGCUAAAAUACAGGAAAUUGUGUUUGUACAAUCCUUUCAGCGUCAUUGUAGUUCUCUGUUCAGGUACUGUUUUAUUCUUAACCUAUUAUUUAAAUUUGGAGUGUUAUUGUUUUUCGUUUUUUUUCCUCCAGUCAUUUUGUCACUGGUUUUGUUUUGACAAAUAGUUCAGCAAGCAUCCUUAAAAAAACUGAAAUUAUAAUUUUGUUGUUAUAUGGUGUGUUCAUAUUAUUCUAAGGCAAUCCUUAUCAGCAUGCAGAAGUGUGCAACUUCAGUCACACUGUUGAUACAACAAAGAAAACGGUUUAUCUCCAGCAUAUCUGUCACAUUAUUAAGCUUCUCAGACCCAAUGCAAACAUUUCAGUUCCUAAAAGAGUUACAUUCAAAAGUCAAAGAGUUGAAAAGUGGUUUGUUUUAGUGUGGUCAGGGUGAGAGAUCCACCUGCUGCACCGACUCAGCCUGCUGAUGGCCAGAUAGAAGGAGGGAUGGAGGAGGAAGUGGUGGGUGGGAGGAUGAGAGGGGCACAGCAGGCCUGCUGCUCUCAGGGCCGGAGAGCCUGGGAGCAGCAGCCUCCGAACAGAACCCGCUCUGUUGUCAGGAGGGUGGACUGCAAGUGAACAUGACUGGGCCCAGUUGCAUUUCCAGUGUGAGGAGAGAGAAGUGCCUACUAGUCAGUCAUUCUGCCAGAAAUAACACCAAACCCAGCAGCAGCCACCUUUGAAACAGAGGAGGCUGGUGGAGAUUACACCGAGUGUGUUGACACUUUUAAACACUGAAAGUAUGUCAGUGUUCAACAGGCUUUUCUGGGCUUCAAGACAAGACUGUGUUUGGCUGUCACGGCCGGUAAAUGAUCGUGAAGCAGCUCUGGCAUAAGCUUUAUUGCAUUUUUCUGUCAUUAUUUCUGUUGAAUCCCCAAAAAAGGAAGCUAUCGACCAGAUUGUUGCAGAGUAAACGUUAUUGUCUUCAAUAAGAUGUUGACGACGUCUCAGUCGGACGCUUCAGCUUGGACGACUUGGCACAUGCUUGAUUAUUAAAUAUCAGCUUCAUCAUCCAUCUUCAGACACCCUGAAUUUCUUUUAUAAGACAAGAAAACCGGCUCGUGUUCAUCACAUAUGCAUCCUACAUAACUCAAACCCAGGUUGCAUGGCAUUAUUCAAUUCUAGCAAGUUACAGCACCACAGUAGGAGUCAUGGGGGUUUCUAUGGAAAUGAUGUUACAGCUGCCUGAGGUAGCAAAGUCUCAUCAACCAAGCACAGUGGGCAACUAAACCCAGGCCCCAAACUCCCAGAUUUACUUUGCUGUUGUUUUGGUCAUUUGAUUCAUUGAACAUUUGCAGAUGUUGCACUGCUAAAUGAAAUACCAAUUAGAUCCUGCAUUAGUAUGUACUCUUUUGGCCUUAUUUCAUAAAGGAGCCAUGUGUCAACAUCCAGCUCUAAAAUAUUAAUUCUUUUAAUUUAUAUUGUGCUAACAUGAUGUAUAAUCCUAAAUGUUGAAUCAAACAGCUGUACAAUAAACUAAAUGACAUAUGGUGAUAUUCCAGUAUAGGUGUACUGGUGUGCACUCAGAGGCAAUAUGGCUCAGGUCAACCCCAAAGUUAGUUCGUUAAACGUUUUGUACCGUUGCAGAAGAUGCAAUGAUAGAUAUUUUAUGUCAGAGCGUGUCCCAAAGUGUCAGUACAAACAGGAGGAUCUUGUGUGAAGUUGGAGCCCAACCUCUUUCGUUAUUUGGCAUGCUAUGAGAGAAGGACCCUUUAAAGUAAAACCAGAAAGGUGUAAAGGCCGGAGCCCCAUCAAGGUAUCGUGUUCCCGGUCUCCUCUGGUUACAGGCUUCACUUCCUGUUUACUCCUUUCUAGGCCUGGAACAAUACAUCUGUUUGUUUGUGUCUCCCUGUGGAAAGAGAAGAGGAGGGGGCCAACCAGAGAUGAGACCCAUUUAUCCGAGCCCGCAUCCAUAUCCUCAUAUUGUUUAAAAAAACCUUGCCUUUUCUCUUCUAACUGCUUCCUCCAGUGACAGAAAAUGGCAAAAGUUCUCUCUUUGUUUGCCAGGCCCGAUUUAAGCGGAACAAAGGGUUUCAAGCAAACCUCCGACCUCGUUCUGUCGGCCACCCCCAGGCGGAGCAACCGUUGCUAAUGCUCUAAACCGAACCACACUCACUAUCCCACUGGCCAUGAAAGAGAAGUGGGGUGCAGGCUAUGAUGUCAUCAGAGCAGGUCACCCGAGAGUCCUUCAAAUUACAACCAGUUCUACUCUGCGAGCCGAUUCCUCGGCACAUGCAUAAUCCUGACUACAGAGUACAUAUCUCGGACUUAAACUCAGAGGGUCUCCUUGCAAAUGUGGACAUGGGGCCCCCAGUGCUCUCGCUGUGGGGUUGGACGGAGGGCGAGCCGCGAGGGCGUCUGCUGUGUUCCGGUGUUCUGGGAAAAGGACAGUGCACACAGCUGCGCUCCGGGGGUAAAUGUAAAACAAACAUGCCUCACACAUGCUUCCCCCUCAGCUGUUAUGGCUCCGCUUUCAAAGAUUCCCCCCCCCCCCCUCAAUACACACAGCUCUGUGCCUCUCCCUCGGCUCUCUUUCCCAAUGUCCACCGGCUCAAAGCUUCAGCCCCCAUCCAAAGGGUCCGAGGCACGGCCGCACGGUCAACCCAGGAAGGCUUUUUAAUUACCACCAUGUGGAGGCUGUGCAGCGCGGGGUUGUGUGUCAGGACAGACGGGGCCGUCCGUCUUCUGGUCGGGUUCAUGUCGACUGUUCCUCUGCACAGCGCACACAGACAUGCUGGCAUUCGGUAGCUCAGGUUCACACAACACACACUACUACACACUGAUGCUCUCUAUUCUGUGUCAUUAAGCUGCAUUAUUCUCGGACUGAAACAUCUGCAGUGAGAUCCUCCCCCAGUCGGACCUGCAGACACACACAAACAGUUCAUGCAACAUUACAUACAAAUAACAUUAAAAUCAUCUCCUCCUGUAUGCUGCGUAACUCUAUCCCUGAGUGAGGAAGUCAUCAUCUACGUCCUCUCAUACUACUGAAGUCAGGCAAUCAGUAUCGGAGUACACAUAUGAGGAGUACGCGUUGCUGUUGUGUGCAUGUACAUUUUUCGUGCAUGCAAAAUGGAUUGAAGUGUUAAAAAGACUCUUGGAAACGUUACGAAUUAGAUGUUGUGUUUUAUUUUGUGAGACAGUGAUGAAAUUGUAUUUCCAGAGUUGUGUUUGAACAGCUUGUUUUGUUUUUCUUUCUAUAUGCAAUUCCUCUGAAUUACAAUUUGUGUUUUUGUGGCUUUAAGCCGUCUUUUGAAAUGAGUGUAUGAAAGUACUCAUGCUUGUAUUACAUUUGUGUGUAAUUAAAGUACAAUAAGUUAUUGCACUUCUA